AUGCCCGAGUAUAUCGUGCAAACUGUCGAGGAGGGUGUGGCACUCCUUGCCUCAGAAGCACCCCAGAAUGAAGAGCGCAUGCGUCAAUGCACCGAGUUGAUGGGAAAAACUAGCGUAGGCCCGAUAAAAGGGUCUGACGGGAAGUUCUAUAUGGAUUCUGGCCAUGUCUAUGGAGUUGCCUGGUUUCCGAAGUUGGUGGUGGUGUUGGCCGGCCAGGGUGCUGAAGGCUUUAAACAGGCCACUCUGAAGGAUAUAAUGCAGAUGUCACGCCGGUAUACAGACGCUACCCCUGAUCCUCAACCUGGUGAUUAUGCUUAUGGCUUCCACUGCUUGAGUCUCGGUGACCCGUUGAUGGUGGGAACUGGGCUGGUGCUUGCAAAUUCAGUGCGCCACGAUGUUCCGAUGGGCCUUGUCGUGAGUGAAUGGGACGAUGCGGUCAUUAGAGAACUUGGUGAAGAAAACAGUCAAGUGUGGCAAGAAAUAUUCGCUGAAGAAGAGACGCAAUAA